GAAUUGGAGUAUUCGUUUGGACUUGUUUGUUCUGCUAAUUUCCUCAAGGUUGAAACAUUGAAACCGCAACACUACUACCAAGGAAGUGCAGUCGUUACCAUGGUGACCAAAAACCUCGAAACAAAACGGGACACAAGGUGCGAGGCAGCUUCUUCCAUUAGAUAAUUUGGGUUAAGGAAACCCGCUAGAAACUGGAAACAUGUACAAGGUGGAUUUGCCUGUAGACCAGUCGAUAGAGAAGGUGGAGAGGCGAAGGUCUGCAGAAACAGCACGCAAGGCACGCAUCUACAACACCAGGCUUCGUGUGAUGGGCCUCGAUCUAGAUACUUUGAACCAACAGGUUCAGGAGAAAAAGCAUCAACAGCACAUGGAGAAACAACGGGACAAAGCCUUUGAAAAGCUGAGAAAAUUUCAAGAUGAAGCACUGCUGCUGCAAGACAUUGGUGAAAAAGAGAAGCGAGAAGCAUUGCAUGUUGACUUGACCCAGUACUGGGCCACUCACCAGCGAAUGGAGGACUCUCGCGAUGCUGAUCUCAACUGUGGCCUGAAGGGGGCAUUCAAGAUCACCCUUCCAGAGAGUGAGCUGGGGCCUGCCAGUAUGCAUGUCUUUCAGGGAGAGGAUAUUGAAGAGAAGCAAAGGAGAAGAGAGCAAAUGAAAAAGACAGAGAGAGAUCUGCGAGCACAGAUGGAAGACAAUGAAAGAAGGCACAUGGGAGACAAGCACAGAGAGAUCCUCGGGAGCAGAGAGCUGGUGCAUCAAGACCUAAGGGGGGCUGAGCAAGCCGCAAUGGAGGAGGAGUGUAGGAGAGCAGCCCGCAUCGCUCUCAACAACUACAAUCAAGCUCUGGCUGCGGAGCGAGCCGAGAGACUGGCGGAGCAGCGCAGGAGAGAGGAAAGCGCGAAUCUCGCAGAGAUGUGGCAUACGAUGACAUCCGACCUGAUGACAGAGUGUGCAGAGGCAGCAGGCGGCCAGGCGGGAGGAGGGAGGCCCGAACACGUUCUGCCAGACAGGUGGAAGGGGAUGAGCUCCGAGCAGCUGAGUGCCAUCCGCAGGGAGAGAGAAGGACAGCGCCUUCAGAGACAGAGACAACGUGAUGCUGAAAAGAUUCAAGACGCCUCCUGGGACCUCCACCUUCUGAAGCUGUCCAGUGAGGCAGAGGAGGAGGAGAGAAGAGCGGCGGAGCUGAGGAGAGCGCAGAGAGUGCAGAUGGACCAGUACAACAGGCAACUGGCCAGAGAGCAGCAGGCACAUCAGGAGUACCUGAAUAAGAAGCUGUACACCAACAAACCCACCAAGGACUACUUUUAUCAGUUCAACACCGGCUCCCGUUGACUUCCGCGCUCCUCACAGCAGCUUUUCCUGCGGUGACAAUGUGCUAAUAAAUCGACUGAUUGAUCAUCACCGCAGUCAGUGUGAAUAUAAUCAAGGUUAGUCAAUAUUUGCUGCUUAUCUUUACUGAUGAAUACUGGCAACUAUGUAACACUGACAAAGAAGGGACUAUUUUGUUUGGUACAGAUUGUUCCACGUACUUUAUUUUUUUCAGUCAUAUAUCCAGUUACAGUGGUAGAUUCAUUAUGCAGUUACAGUUAUUCAUUGGCCCCAUGUGUGGCACAAGUCCACCCAACUCCUACUGUCCAUCCUUGACACAUAGAGGCAUUGUCAUUGUGCUAGUACCGCACCCCAACGCACCACAAACAGUAGCAAAAGCUCCCUACCCUUCCUUGCCUCCCUUAUCUUCUCUCGCUCCCACUCAGGCCUUGUAGUUUAAUCCGUCUGCUUUUGAGUUCUGGAGCUCGCCUUAAACAUACCAGUUCAUUUUUAUUUGAUUUUUAUCUUUUAACUAUAAAAAAAAAGAAAGAAAGAAAGAAAGAAAAAACAACAACAGCGGAAAGGCAAAGGCCAGAGUCCCUCAUGAAACAUGAAAAGCAAAGAGUGAGUGGCAGUCGAGUGAGUAUCUGUGUGUGUACACUCAUUCCUCAUUCAAUGCUAACAUUUGCCCCCAAACACUGACAAACACAGAUGUUUAGCAGCAGAUAGUUGAGUUACAAUAUUGGCAUAUUUUGUGUCAUUCAUCGCUCCUGUAUGAAAAUAGAUUUUUUUUUUUUAAAAGCUUUAUUUGUCCUGAGUGUGUCUGUUUUACCAACAACAGGGAGCUUACACACACCUCCUUCAACACCACUAGCCUUUUUAGACAUCCCAUAUACUACCUCAGUGACUGUCAGACGAUGUUUGACCAAGCUUUUGUUUUAGUAGGGAGAGCAUUGCAUAUAGGUACUCCCUGUCGUAUGCACUAGCUGGCUGGCCCGGCACAACUGCUUCAGACAAAAACUCCACAGAUAUUCACUGCACUGCAACGCAUUGCUGGAUGGUUAUGGGCAUGAACGCAACCUUUCACUAAAUGACACUAAUGUACAAUUUUUUUUUUUUUUUUUUUUUUGAUUUUCAAAUUCUUGAUAUGUUUGCAAACAU